AAAAAGGGGACGACCAGGUCGUGGGGGAGGAAAAAAAAAAAAAAAAAAAAAAAAAAAGAUCUUAGAAAUCCAAAAAGGCUCAUCUGGGAAGGAGAGAGAGGAGACCGAGAGGAAGCGGGAUGCAACUCAACCUGACGCUGAUCUGCAUCGUCUUCGGGGGGUUCCUGCCCGACGCCGCGGCCCGGCGGGAGCAGAUGGACACGGGGCAGUGCGACCUGCCCCGCUCGCAAGGAGAGCUCAACUCCUUCCUCUGGACCAUUCGCCGUGACCCCCCCGCUUAUCUCUUCGGCACCAUCCACGUGCCCUACACGCGAGUUUGGGACUUCAUCCCUGACAACUCCAAGGCCGCCUUCCACGCCAGCUCCAGCGUCUACUUCGAGCUGGACCUCACGGACCCCUACACCAUCUCGGGGCUGGCCAGCUGCCAGAUGCUGCCCCACGGGGAGAACCUGCAGGACGUGCUGCCCCGGGAGCUGUACCGCCGCCUCAAACGCCACCUGGACUACAUCAAGCUGAUGCUGCCCCACUGGAUGACCCCGGACCAGCGGGGCAAAGGGCUCUACGCCGACUACCUCUUCAACGCCAUCGCCGGGAACUGGGAGCGCAAGAGGCCCGUCUGGGUGAUGCUCAUGGUGAACUCCUUGACGGAGACAGACAUCCGCUCCAGAGGGGUGCCGGUGCUCGAUCUCUACCUCGCCCAGGAGGCCGAGAGGAUGAAGAAGAAGACGGGUGCGGUGGAGCGGGUGGAGGAGCAAUGUCACCCGCUGAACGGGCUCAACUUCUCCCAGGUGCUGUUUGCUCUGAACCAAACUCUGCUCCAACACGAAAGCCUUCGAGCAGGGAGUUUGCAGGCCCCCUACACCACUGAGGAUCUCAUCAAGCACUACAACUGUGGAGACCUGAAUGCCGUGAUAUUCAACCAUGACACUUCUCAGGUCCCAAACUUCAUCAACACAACACUCCCACCCCACGAGCAGGUGACAGCUCAGGAAAUAGACAGCUACUUCAGACAGGAGCUCAUCUACAAGAGGAAUGAGAGGAUGGGGAGAAGAGUGAUGUCACUUUUAAGAGAGAACAGAGACAAGAGCUUCUUCUUUGCCUUUGGAGCAGGUCACUUCCUGGGUAACAACACUGUGAUUGAUGUACUGAGACAAGCAGGAUUUGAAGUGGAGCACACCCCUCCUGGACAACCAAUUGGAAAUUCAAGGACGACAAAGACGAGCCCAGCCUUGGAGGGACCCUCAGUGACAGCCCUGCCCCCUGUCCAGCUUUCUGAGCAGGUCCCACUGGCAUCUCCUUCCCUGAAGCCGCAGCAGAUGGAUGAAGAAGACAGCCUGUCUCCUCACCUCUUGUUGCCUGACAGCAUCAGCCAGCUGGAGGAGUUUGGCAGGCAGAAGAAAUGGCACAAGAAGCAGCACAAACACCAUCGCCAGAGGCAGUUCAAUGACCUCUGGGUUCGGAUAGAAGACAGCACCACCACGUUGCCUUCCUAUAUCAGGAUAACCAAUGGCUACAUCACAGUCAAGCCUCCCAUCUGGAUUUCCAACCAGCUGGAUCAGAGGCCGCGUCCCGCGCGCCCAUCCCAGCCCCAGCCCACGAGCUCAGCCCCAGCCAGCCUUUCAUGGCCCUCAGUAACACUGCCUCUCUGCGUGGCCAUAGCUUCUUUCCUCCUGAACCUACUGCAGCCCUCCUGACCACGUUAGUAUUACACGCCAUCCCUUGGAACAGAGAAGAGAGAUAAUUUAUGAACGAAUUGGAGUUUAGGACAACAACAGUUACAAGCUGGACCUUCUCAGUGACUCAGUAGUGCCUUCUAGCUGAUUUUUGUCUCUUUGCCCAGAUACAUUUUGAAACUCUAAAGCUUUAUUGUAACACUGACUUACAUCUUCUUUUUGUAGAAGGAUCUUUAUUUCCCAUAGUGCUAUGGGGUUUUGUAAAAUAUACAUGUUCAUAUAAAGGAAAAAAAAAAAAAAAAGAAAAAGAAAAAAUGUAUUUAUUCGACUGGUAAACUUAUUUUUCUUGUUGUAUAUGUUAAUAACAUCCCUAUUAAUCAGUAGCGAUGGUGAAACAGAUAAAUUAAUAUUUUCUAUAUUUGUUUUCUGACAACUCCGCAAAUGUCUGAACUGACACCAAAUGAAUGCUUUCUUUGUUUCUCUAACCAUUACAUUUUACAGCAACUGUCCAAUAAGUACAUUUCUGCUGAACUUCUUUAUUUUACUUCUUUUAUCUCAUUAGCAUAGCUUACACCGAAUAAAACAGAUCCUGCUCUCUGGGGCCUUUGCCCAUUAGAAAAAUAAGUGCAUUCUUAACUCGUUAGCUGCCACAAUCUAAAAUGCCAGUUAUUUUUACAUGACUUAGUGAGUCAUUAGUCAGGAUAAUCCUCUACAUUCCCCCUGCUGUCUUUAACUAAAUUAUUUAACUUCUUUGGAAAUUACCAGUUUCCCUCUUUUCCCUAGGAUUAAUUCACCAGCUAAUGCAAAUUAAGACACCUUUUUCUUAAUAAAAAAUUGCUAUUAAAGUCUGGAAUAACCCUACUUGGAAUUAUUUUCUUCUCUCCCUCAUUUUAUAUGAGCAUAAGCCUACAACCUUUUCAAGUUUAAAUGAGAGCUGUCUAUAGAUUAUAAAAAUGUAAUGUCCUGUUGAUCUAUAGAACUCCUUUGUACCAGUUCUUUGCCCAUGGACAACCUGGAGGCAAAAAACAUCUACAAAUCCCUCUUUCUCUUGCUUCCAUGAGCUGAUAGAGUGAUAUCUCUGUGCUGAAAUAAUUCUGUCUUGUCCAAAAUCUGCUCAACACGACAGGAAUCAAGCUAACCCCCUUGUUACGGAGACAUACAGAACAUACUUCCAUUUUUAGACUAGAUGUGACUUAGAUGGAAAAGUUAUGACACUUAACCCUCACUGAAAAAUGUGCUCCCUAUCCAAACAGCUGUUGGUGAAGAAUGAGAUUUACAGCACCUGUGGGGAAAAAAAAACCCGGUGCCAUCUUAAAAAUUACUAUGUUUAAAAAGGCAUGUAGGUGUUUUUUCACCACCAGAACAUGAUGAAAAAUCUCCUUGGAUACAAGAGUUUAGAAAAUGAGUUUUGGUUGAUAUAGUGAGUUUUUUUCCUAAGUCAUGUACAAACCAAAAAUCAAAACCAUGUGAUGAAAACAUCUUAUUUAGAAAAGAAAUCUCAAAAUCAGAAAAAUACAAUUCCAGCUUUUCUUUAUAGAAAAGUAGUGCUUUUUCACCUUGGAAAAAAGAUAAUUAUGAUAAUUAUAAUAACAUUACUGAUAAAAUUCUGGCUAAAAACACCCUUGUAAGUUUUCCCAGUAGCCCUACAGCCUGGUCUCUGGAGCUGCAGAUGAUUCCAUGCACUCUGCAAGACUCUGCAGUGAGAGGCAGUUCAGAAUCCACAGUUUGCUUGUUGUCAUACCAGUUAUUUCAAGAAAGUAAGUUAGAAAGUAACUAGACUACAAAAAUCACAGGAAUUCAUGAUGAAAUACUGAGCAUUUCCAUCAUGCAUCCCAGCCCAGGGACAAUAUAGGUAACUUAUUUUUAACUUACCAUGAUCCCCAGCCUUUGCUCUGUUUUUGACAGCAGAUUGUGUAGGUUUCUGGUCAAUUUAAGUGGGUAAUAGCACAGGGCACUGUAAGCUUCCCCCCCCCACCACCUUUUUUUUUUUCUUUUUUUUAAGUAAAACAGUUGGUCUCUUCCAACCUGUGAUUCUGUGAUUCUUUGAUAAGGCUGGAAAACAUUGAGCUUUGCCCCAAAUGUGAGAUUCAAACAGACCCCGUGCAUAUUUUCAUAUUGUGUAUUUUGGCUAGCAGAAGAUUAGAGAUGUUAGUUUUGGACAGAAGCCAUUCACCUUGCAUAAUAUUUAUUGCACAGAGAUGGAUAUUGGAAACAUAUUUUGAGAACUUUCAUUUCGGUUUUAUUUGAGCUAUUACUCUAGAAAUGCCUUCAUUUGAAUGUAGUGGUUUAAGAGACCUUCAAAUUCAACAUUAAUGCAUUUUAAAAAGAUUAUUGGUUCUCCUGAUGUGUUCAAGGCAGAGAUGAAAACUGAAUUAUAAUUUCUUAUUUACAAGAAUGUAACUGGAAAUAAGGUAGGUAAAUCUUAAGGGUGAUGAUAAGUUACAUAGUAAAAGUGAACAGCCAACAAACCAAAACCCAUUGAAUUUUAUUUGUUGUAACCGGAUCGUAUCCAGAAAUUAUUCUGUGGUACUAUCCCAGGAAUAAUUCCAGGUGUUGGAAAACCUACAGUAAAAAUAGUCAUGAGCAUGUAAAGAUAAGGGGGAGAAAAAAGAGCAGAAAACAGAAACAACUUGUCCAAGACUGUAAGGAAAACCAACAACAGGACAAAGACUAGAAAUAACAAUUCUGAAGUUUCCCAAUCUGUGGCUCACUCCAUAAACCUCUAGGGUUUGUUUUUUGGGGGUUUUUUUGUGGGUGUUUUGGUUUUGGUUUUGGUUUGGUUUUGGGGUUUUUUUUUUUGGUUGGUUGGUUGGUUGGUUUUUAUUUUUUUUUUUUUUUAAUAUUAGGAGCACACAGAUCUUUCCACACUUCCAGCUAUGAUUGUGCUGCACAGAAUAGUCACUCUUUUAUCACCAGUAAGGUUUUCUGAGUCACUGCUGCACUGGACAGUAAUAUUCAAUAUUCAUUAGCUCAGAUACUGUGGUAUGUUUGGCUAUCAAAGUAUGUUUUAACAUCUUUGCAUUUCCUGGCAUUUUGUCUGCAAUUCUGGGAAAUUAAUGAAUUUUACUGGGACCCUUGUGAUGGUGCCACACAUUUUUGCAGUGCAGAUGUCAAAACAAGGUGUCUGUUGGAUUUGGGGUCUACACACCUGAUUUUUGCCACCUAGAAGCAGCUUCCCUCAGUCACCUGAGCUCUCUCCAGCCCAGGGAGGAGACAUGACUUAAAGGUUAAGUAGGUUUCUGUAGAUCUUAGCUCAGGAACCCCACAGGAAUGGCUUCAGCACAGGUCUCUAACCAAACACUUCUUUUAUUCUAUUGUCUUACCCUAAAUUACGACUUAGGGUCACUUUCUUCAAUACAGGACCUGUAUGCAGAGCCAUGCUGGAUAAUGAACCCUCGCUGUGGUUGAUAAAAUGGGUUGUUUACUAAUCAGCUGUGGCAGCCCAGCAUUAAUUAAAACACGGUAGUAGUGGUUAGCACAGACUUAAGCACAAUGGAUCAUGAUUUCUGCCAUGGAUCAUGAUUUCUGAAUCAUGCAGUGAUUCAUGAUUGCAUGAUCGUGAUUGCAAUGGAUCAUGAUUUCUGAAUUUCUAAUGAUUUUCUAAACCAGGAGUUUAAAACCUGGAUAAGAUUUGAUACAUUCUCUGGAAGCAACACUGACUACCAGCUUCAGGCAGCUUCAGUUCCCUCUGUGGGUUUCUUGGAAAACUGAAAACUGACUCAUCUCUGUCUUCCAAAAGAAAGCUCAGAUUCCCAUGUUAUCACAAGAUUCCAAGAGCAGGAGAUUUAGCUCACCACAUAUAAUAGCAACCACUGGUGAUCCUGCUUAUCUCUGAGAAACAGAGUCGAGAGAGUCACCCAGUGUCUGGCAAUUUAGGACACGGCUUUGGAUGUGUCCAAGGCUCAGUGGUGGCGUGAUUCACCUUCUCAACUCAGCUGCUAGGGACACCAACACAAAUCACUUUAAAUGUAACUGUAGCAUUAUAAACAAAUGCCGAGUACCUGCCAAGAUCUUGCCCUGGUGGGAUAAAUAAUGUCUUACCAUCAGCAACAAGUCUAAUCUCUUUCAGUGUUUUAAUGCUUUUCUUGCCUAACUACAGACACUAUAUUAACAUGCACUGCCACUUGGAGAACCGGUCAGUAAGCUGGGAGAGAAGGUAUUUUAUAUUUUAUGACUGAUGUAGUUUCUCUUCAGUCCCUGGAGCUGUUGAAUAAUGCAAUACGUCUUCUGCAAUAAAUGAUGAACACGAUUUAUGAUAACUAUGCUUUAUACAGGUGUCAAAAAUCUGCUUUGUUGGACUUCCCUUCCCAUUCCUCCAAGCUCCACUGUAAUUUAGGAAUACCCGAGGUACAGAGUUGUAUAUUUAUCUAAGUUCUUCAAUAUACAAUUGUGGAGAGAGAGAGAUGGAAAGGGGGAGAACUUAAUCUAUGUUUAGUGCAUUGAUUAGUCGAAUGAUAUGACUCAGUCAUUACCAUAUACCACUGUUAGGGAGGAUUUUCCCAUCAUAUAUUUAUGUUAGAGAAACCAAAGUGCCAAAGUUAUUAUCUCAGCAUAAGCGUUACCAUGCCAAACUUUGCUUAGUACCGUAUUUCUUUAUUAUAUCCAAAAAUUAUAUGGUCUUGUCAUAUCUCUGAGGUGAUCAAUGUUCCACGGAGUGUGCUAAAA